AAAUUCUAAAUUGCUACAAUUUUUUUAAUAAAUAAUUAAAAAAUAAUAAUAACUUCUCAACAUAAUUUAUCUAAAAAAUUUAUAUAAAAUAUGGAAGUCAAUAACCCUUAAAACUAAAAUGGAAACUAAAGUAAUGGUGAAAUGGAUGAAUCAUUUCUAUUAUAUGAUAUUGAAAACAUAUUUGACUCAUAAAGCUAUUCUAAUUGUGAUAGAAAUAGCGCUUAAAAUAAAGAUAAUUCUUACAGUGAUUAAUAAGUAAAUGAAGUGCGUGUAUCUAAUUGCAAAGUUUAAAAUAAAAUGACUAAUUUUGUUAUUAGACCGUUUUUAUAUCCAUAGGAAUUUUAAAUUGAUCUUUUUACUGGAGUUUACCUAACCCAAGAUGGGAUUAUUAGAUACUUUCCAUCUAUUUUACCUGUUUAUUUUGGCUUUAAUCAAUACGAAACAUCUCAAGUUUAAAAUUAUUCUUCUAGCUCUGGAUUUAUAAAUAUUGACUAAUUUAGAAGAAAUAUACAAAAUGUGACUUAAUAUGAGCAGGCUAUUUAAUACAUACAAAAAUUUCCAAAUAUUUAGUAAUAAUUUGCAGAAUAAGUAUUGACUAGGUUUGGAACGGUUAUGAAUGCACUAUAAAAGGUAUUUUAGAAAUAGAAAUAUACUGAAGCCUUUUUAAAUUUUAAAGAUGAUGAAUUUUAAAAAUUUUAAUCAAUGUGCAUGAGCUUUUUAGAUGAAUUUCAUAAAUAAAAUUAAAAUAUGAUGUUUACUUACUAGAUUUUGAGACUAAGUUAGAAACAUAAAGAUAUAGAUAUUUCUAAUUAUGGAUAUUCAAAAUCUUACUUAGAUUUAUUAGGAAUAAAUCCAGAGACACUUUCACAAAUAAUUCUUAGAGGAAAAUAAAUAGAUUUAAUACAUUAAAAAAAUGAUAUUACAAAUCAAUGUUUGGCUUCUAUGUCAGGAUUAGGUACUAAAUAAGAAUGCCACAUAUGCGAUAUUACUACUUUCGAUGGAUUUCCAUUAAAGAUAGUUUUAAAGAAAAGAAACUACGGAUAAAUGCUCAUGAAUAGCUAAAUAAUUGAAGGAGAGCAUGAUUAUUAUUUUGUAAUAACAGAGAUAGACGUGGAUUUAUAUCAUUUGUAAUAACUCAUAAAUUAUAGAUAAAGACUAGGGAAAAAUUCUAUAUUAUCGUAUGAUGAUUUUAUAAGAAAAGAGCUUUCUUACCUUUUCGAAGAUGUAGAAUAUUCAAUUCACUCUCAAGCAUUUAUCGAAAAAUAUUAUAAAGAAAAUACUGAAUAACUUGAGAAACGUAAAAUGUAAUGCUGCUAUAAAUAUGUAACUAAUUGA